AUGGUUGACUCGAAACUUAACCAGCCUCUUCUUGGUAUUGAGCUGAGAGGAAAAUCAAAUGUAAGUGACGAUUCGCCUAUAGAAAAGCAGCCUUCAAUUUCAAGCGGCUCUUUGGCUAUUAUGACGCACUUGGCAACUUCAGCUGUCAUCAAUAAUCUUUCACAAGCAGGCCAGCAAUUCAGUGACGAAAUCAAAGAAAUUAAUGAUCAUUUAACAUUAUACCAUCCAGAACAAGCUAUUAUUCUGGACUUCCAAGGGAAAAUCGCCAUAAGCGAAGACGAAAACUGGGCUUUUGGAACUGGGCCUGGAGGAAAUCUUGAACUUGUUCAUAUACCUUCAAAAAUGUACAAGUCAUUUAAAGUGGUCCAAGGCAGAGAGCCUGUGACAAAUCGCAUCUUCUUUUCCCUCACAUCAAAAACUAUAGAAACUGAGGGCACAAAAGCAACCUACAUUUUAGCAGCAACAAACGAAGGAAAAAUUAUCAAAGUUUCAGCUGAAGGCUUAAUAAAUAAAUACCAUGAAGAAAGAAAAGAGGAGCCUAAGCCUAAGCCACAAGAAGAGAAAAAAGAAGCCCCACUUCCGAAGCCCAUCUUCGUCCAGGCAGAAAAAGUCUAUACUCACCACCAAAAAGCUGUGAGAAGCAUCAAAAGCCCAAAAAACUCAAGUUUCGUCUAUUCAUCAGAUGAAGACGGAAAUGUGUUUAGAUUCAGAAUUGAUGUAGAUGAAGAGCCAGAGCUCUUAUUCAACAAUCCAGAUGGUGUAAGCACUAUUGAUAUCAGCCAAGAUGAAAAGCAUCUCAUAUGCGGAGGAAGAAACCUUUUGGUCAAAGUCUAUAACUUGGAAACCAGAAGAGAAGAAACUGUGUUAGGUCCAAUGUCUGAUCCAAUUUGGACAGUUAAAUUUUCUCCAAAGAAAAAUAUAGCUGCAGGAACAUUUAAAGGAGAAGUUAGGCUUUGGGAAUGGGAAACCUGGAACCUCAAGCAGAUUUUCCAAGGAAACGAAAAAUCAGCAACUAGCAUAGACUUCAUUUAUGAUGAAGAGUACUUAAUAACUACUUCUAAUGAUACUACAGUCAGAAUUUGGAGUAUGGCAACAGGCGAGCCAAAUGUCGUGCUGAGAAAUCACAAAAGAGAAGUAAUUGAUCUUCAUGUCAGAGGAAAUAAAUUUUAUACUGUAGCCAGAGAUAAAAGACUUUUAAUAUGGACACUUCCUCAAUUGACUGAUGAAGUUCGUUUUCCAGCCCAUAAUGGCGAAAUCGUAAAACUUGCCUUCAGCCAAAAACACAGCCUGUAUUUUUCAUUUGCAGGAGAUAGGAAGGUGAUGGUAUGGGACGCAACAAAUAAUAGCAAAGUGGCUGAAUUAGCAGUUGAAGGAUGGGGGUUAUAUAUGAGUUUAACUCCUGACGAAGACUACGUAAUCACAUGCUCUAAGAACAAAAAGCUGGUCUUUUGGGAAAUGCUGACUUGGACCCCUAAGUUUUAUCAGAUACCUGACGGAAGCUCUGUAUCGUGCAUGAGGUUUAGUGCAGACGGAAGCUUGUUCCUUACUGGUGACGAAAAAUUCAAGGUCAAAGUCAUUAACUAUGCCUCUCCUUCUGAGCUCCCAAUAAAAUGUGAGUUUCACACUCAUCAAAACCAAAUCACAGCACUUGCUAUAAAGGAUGACAACUCUAUGGCGUUUUCAGGAAGUGAAGCUGGACAUAUAAUUGCCCAUGAUUUAAUAACUCUUGAAGAGUUUCCUAUGCAAGGCCAUACUGAAAGUGUGUCAGCAAUAGAGGUAAUCAGCUAUAAAAACUUAUUGCUGUCCAGCUCAUUCGAUAAAGCAGUGAGACUAUGGAGCAUUGAGAAAAAACAGUGUAUGAAAAUAAUUGAACACCACACUGACAGAGUUUGUGGACUCUACAUCACAAAGGACAAAAACAACCUUUUCAUCAACUGUCUUGAUAAAACUAUAACUUUGUGGGAUCUUCACAGCUUGUCACUCAUAACUUCAUUUGAUGUGAGUAGAGGGGGAAGAUGCUUACUCCUUCUCCGUGAAUGAAAAAAAAAAUUUUUUGGAGUUAAAUGUUUUAAAAAUUUUUAUAGUUUGAAAUUUAAAAAAAUCCCGAUUUGAAAGCAAAUAUUAAUUUAAUUAGUAAAUUUAUAGUUUAAAAUCCAAGCUACUUAAAAUAAAAUAUUUUUUUAUAAAAAAUUUUAUAUUAAAAAGUUUUAUUCGUUUCCAGAGAUGGGUUUUUGGAAUUUUUUCCAAUAGUUUUGUUUAGAUCAGGACGGGAGGUAGCUGUUUCUGCUGAUGAAAAAAUUAUGUAUAUUUCUCAAGAAAAAGACUUAUCUACAAGGGCAAAUCCAUUGCAGAGUAAAUUCGGACUAUUUGGCCCAGGGAAAAACUACUUUGCCUUUAUGGGAUAUAUUAAGUCUUUAAUGAGAGAAGAAAAGACUAAAUAUAUCGCAGAUCUUGAUAAAUGGACAGUUAUGCCGAAUAAGAUAGCUCCUAUGCAUCUGUUUGCGUUCUAUAACUUGCCAGGACAUCUGAGAGAGUCUUUUGCAAGAAACAGCACUUUCUUCCAGACUGCAAGUGGUGAAAACCCUCUUUCUUUAGCCUUAGUCAGGAAAUUCACUGAAUGCGUAAACACUAUCUUGCUUGGAUUUUGUAAUAAAAUUGCAUUCAAUCCUUAUGAAGUUUCAAUUGUUAGCAAGCAUAUAAUUGACCUUAACAGGGGAGGAUUCAAAGCAUUGGAUUCAUUUUAUCAAAAUUUGCUGACCCCAGCGAGAAGCUCAUUUUUACCCAAGUUUUGUCUUAAUACAGUAGCUUUGCCAGUUAUUGUACAAUCCCCAACUCCUUCAGUUCUGCCAGACAGCUUUGUCCCUAUGGAUCAGUAUGCAAAUGAAGGAAUAGCCAUUGCUUUCUUAAGAAGUCCUAUUUCACUAAACACCAUAGCUGGCUCAAAAGAAAGCAUUGAUUUCUUAGAAAGCUUAUUGCAGUGUUCAAAUAAAGAAGUUCUAAGGACCAAAUUCAUUAGCGUCUUACUAGAGCAAAAAUGGAAGAAUAUCAGAUAUAUUUUGAUUACCCAAGCUUUAUUCUUUAUAACAUAUCUUGUCUUGCUAUCAACCUAUACCUUAGGCUACCUUUACGAUAAAGAGUUUUUGGUGCCUGUUUUUACAAUCAAUCUUUUAUUGCUAAUGUACGAGAUCUAUCAAAUGGUUGUAUGCGGGUUUGGGUACUUUAAAGAAGUUUGGAACUAUUUCGAUAUUUUCCGAUGCGUAUUAACAAUAAUUUACUCUUAUCUAAGGAUUCCCCCCUCAUUUGUCGAAUUUUCUAGUCUUUUUUUUUUAUAAGAAUUUUUUUUUUUCAGGACCUCAUUUGUCCCAAAAUCUAGUCAAAAAAUGAUUUGUCCAAUUUUCUAGUCUUUUUUGCAUUUUUUCGAAUGCCCUAAAUUGUAGUUUUUUACUUUAUAAAAACUAGAAAAUGAAAUUGGACAAAUGAGGUCCUAAAAAAAAUUUUUUUUCCUAUAAAAAAACUAGAAAAAUGGACAAAUGAUAAAAGACUAGAAAAUUGGACAAAUGAGGGGGGGUCCUUAGUUUGGGAUGACGACACAGGAGAAGUCACUCAAAGCCUCCUUGUCAUUCUUACUUUAAUUUCUUGGAUAAGAGGCAUCACAUUUUUCAGCAUUUUCGAGGACACCAGAUACAUGAUUCAGCUACUCACAGAAGUCUUUAUGGAUAUCAAAUCUUUCUUGAUGCUUCUGUUUUACUCCACUUUAGCUUUUGCCUUUGUUUUCAUUUCGAUAGAAGUCUCUAAGACGCCAGAUUCUGAUUUUGGAAGCUUCCUUUCAAAUUCAUAUUUGCUUGAUUUAGGCGACUUUGGCACUGACUCUUUCUCAGGUCUGGAAUGGGCAAUUUUCUUUAUUGCGUCAGUUAUAAACCCUCUUGUCAUGAUGAACUUAUUGAUUUCCAUUAUUGGGGAUACUUAUGACAGAGUCCAAGAAGGCAUUGUGAUUGCUGAUAAAAUGGAGCUGAUUGAGCUGAUUCUGGAAGGAGAAACAUUGUUGUUCUGGAGAAGAAAUUUGACAGGAAACGUCUAUUUGCAGAUGCUGACUUAUAAUGAAGCGGAAGAAGAAGAAGGGUGGCUUGGAAAAGUCAGAGAAAUUACUACUAGGAUUGCAAGUAUGGGAGAAACUUUGGAUGAGAGUAUUGAAAAUCACGAUAAACGCUUCGAAAAAAUCGACCAUGAGCUGGGAGUGCUUAAAGAGAGUUUGGAUGAAAAAAUCGCAGGACUUUCUCUUCAGAUUAAUACGAAGAUGAAGUACUUGGAAGAAAUCAUUCUCAAGAGCAUUGGACAAAGCUCUUAA